GCAAUACAGUGAGGGGAGGGACCAACAUAAGGCAGUCAUAUUUUUGAAGCUGAAAUAAUGUGUUAGACCUUUUAUUGGGGGUUAAGCCUCGCAGAAGGUUCUCAGUUAAUAGAUGUCCACCCCCAUGGAGCCACCAGUUGGAAUGUCGCAUGCUGGUCCUUCACCAGGCGCUGGCCUGUCUCCUGGGCCUAUCCCUGGGCCCAGCCCUGGACCCGGCCCCUCUCCUGGCUCUCUACACAGCAUGAUGGGCCCCAGCCCAGGGCCCCCAAGUGUCCCACAUGUUAUGCUGGGCCAAGGACCUGGAGAUUAUUCUCAAGACAGCAUGCACUCGAUGCAUAAGCCUAUGGAAGGAAUGCACGAGAAGGGGAUGGGUGAAGAUCUGCACUACGGGCAGAUGAAAGGGGUGGGGAUGAGGUCCCUGCACAGUGGCAUGGGUCCUCCACAGAGCCCCAUGGAUCAACACAGUCAAGGAUACAUGUCUCCUCAUCCCUCGCCAAUUGGUCAAGUUCCUGAGCACGUGCCUAGCCCCAUGUCAGGAGGAGGGCCAACACCACCGCAAAUGCCUCAGGGUCAGUCGGGCCCCAUGAUACCCAUGGAUCCUCAGGGGAUGGGACAGCAGGCCAGGGGUCAGUCAGCCUUCAGCCCAGUCCAGCUGCAGCAACUCAGGGCUCAGAUCCUGGCUUAUAAGAUCCUUGGCCGUGGUCAGCCCUUGCCUGAGAAUCUUCAAUUAGCUGUGCAGGGCAAGAGGAGCCUCCCCACCAUGCAGCAGCAGCCCAUCAACAGUGGCCUCUACAACAGACCUCCAGGUCAAGGGGCAGAGACUCCCAGUGCCCCACAGAAGCUGCCAAUCCCAACUCCCAGUGGCAGACCAUCUCCAGCUCCCCCACUGGUCCCCACUGCCACCCAACCUGUCCCCAGUACCUUCCUCACCCCCCAACCUCAGCCUCAGCCUCAGUCACAGUCAGUACCAGGCCAGCCCUCACUCAUCAUACAGCUCCAACAGAAACAGAACCGCAUCACCCCUAUUCAGAAACCUCAGGGUCUGGACCCUGUGGAACUCCUACAAGAGAGGGAGAACCGGCUCCAGGCCAGGAUUGCUCACAGAAUUCAGGAGCUAGAAAAUCUUCCAGGGUCAUUGCCACCUGAUCUGCGGACAAAGGCUUCCGUGGAACUAAAGGCCUUAAGAUUACUCAACUUCCAGCGGCAGCUAAGGCUGGAUGUUGUAGCCUGCAUGCGCAGGGACACGACUCUGGAGACGGCGCUAAAUUCCAAGGCUUACAAACGUAGCAAGAGACAGACUUUGAGAGAAGCUCGCAUGACAGAGAAACUAGAGAAGCAACAGAAGAUCGAACAGGAGAGGAAACGCAGACAGAAACACCAGGAGUAUCUCAACAGCAUCCUGCAGCAUGCAAAGGAUUUCAAAGAAUAUCACAGGUCCAUCUCUGGAAAAAUCCAGAAGCUGUCCAAGGCCAUCGCCACCUGGCACACCAACACAGAGAGAGAGCAGAAGAAGGAGACAGAACGCAUUGAGAAAGAGAGGAUGAGGAGACUGAUGGCUGAGGAUGAAGAAGGUUACAGGAAGCUGAUUGACCAGAAGAAGGACAAGCGUUUGGCUUACCUCCUUCAACAGACUGAUGAAUACGUGGGCAACCUGACUGAACUUGUAUAUGAGCACAAGGCUGCUCAGGCUGCCAAAGAGAAGAAGAGGAAGAGAAAAAAGAAGAAGGAAGCUGGUGAUGUCGAAGGAAUGGGAUCAAUUGGGCCCGAUGGAGAGACCAUAGAUGAGAGCAGCCAGAUGAGUGAGCUGCCAGUCAAAGUUAUUCAGACUGAAACUGGGAAAGUGCUACAGGGAACUGAUGCCCCCAAGUCCAGUCAGUUAGAGGCCUGGCUUGAGAUGAACCCUGGCUAUGAAGUGGCUCCACGUUCAGACAGUGAAGAGAGUGGCUCAGAAUUUGAAGAGGAGGAUGAAGAAGAGGUGGUCUCAAGAGCUGAAUCAGAAGAAAAGAAAGUCAUCGAUCCCAACAGUGAUGAAGUGUCGGAAACAGCAGCCAAGCACAUCAUAGAGUCUGCUAAGCAGGAUGUGGAUGAUGAGUACAGUGUUCAGGCAGGCCAGACCAGCUCCCAGUCUUACUAUGGAGUAGCCCAUGCAGUCAUAGAGAAAGUGGAGAAACAGUCCACCCUCCUGAUCAAUGGAACACUCAAGCACUACCAGAUUCAAGGGCUUGAAUGGAUGGUGUCUCUGUACAACAACAACCUGAAUGGUAUUCUGGCAGAUGAGAUGGGUCUGGGCAAGACCAUUCAAACUAUCGGUCUUUUCACAUAUUUGAUGGAACACAAGCGCCUCAAUGGGCCAUACCUCAUCAUCGUACCACUCUCGACUUUGUCCAACUGGGUUUAUGAGCUGGACAAGUGGGCACCAAGUAUCGUGAAAAUUGCCUACAAGGGCACACCAUCAAUGCGGAGGUCUUUGGUGCCACAGCUCCGUAGUGGGAAGUUCAACGUUCUUCUUACCACGUACGAGUACAUCAUCAAAGAUAAGCACAUUCUUGCUAAGAUUCGCUGGAAGUACAUGAUUGUGGAUGAAGGCCACCGCAUGAAGAACCAUCACUGCAAGCUCACGCAGGUGUUGAACACUCACUACGUCGCUCCAAGGAGGCUGUUGCUCACUGGGACCCCACUGCAGAAUAAGCUACCUGAGCUCUGGGCCCUGCUCAACUUCCUCUUGCCCACCAUCUUCAAAAGCUGCAGUAACUUUGAGCAGUGGUUUAAUGCUCCCUUUGCUAUGACAGGAGAAAGGGUGGAUCUAAAUGAAGAGGAGACCAUCCUUAUCAUUCGUCGUUUGCAUAAGGUAUUGCGUCCCUUCCUGCUGCGCAGACUGAAGAAAGAGGUAGAGUCUCAGUUGCCUGAGAAGGUGGAGUACGUCAUCAAAUGUGACAUGUCAGCAAUUCAGAAGGUGCUUUACAGGCACAUGCAAGGCAAAGGCAUCCUGCUUACUGACGGCUCAGAGAAAGACAAAAAGGGUAAAGGAGGAGCCAAGACCUUAAUGAACACCAUCAUGCAGCUGAAGAAGAUCUGUAAUCAUCCCUACAUGUUUCCGCACAUUGAGGAAUCCUUUGCUGAGCACCUGGAGUAUCCAAAUGGCAUUAUCAGUGGAGCUGACCUGUAUCGUGCCUCUGGCAAGUUUGAGUUACUGGACCGGAUCCUGCCUAAGCUAAAGGCCACCAAUCAUCGAGUGCUGCUCUUCUGCCAGAUGACCUCCCUCAUGACCAUCAUGGAGGAUUAUUUUGCCUACCGUAACUUCCUCCAUCUGCGUCUGGAUGGAUCCACAAAGUCUGAGGAUCGAGCGAUGCUUUUAAAGAAAUUCAAUGAUGAAGGCUCACAGUAUUUCAUCUUCCUACUGAGCACCAGGGCAGGAGGUCUUGGCCUCAACUUGCAGGCAGCAGACACCGUUGUGAUCUUUGACAGUGACUGGAACCCCCACCAGGACUUGCAGGCCCAGGACCGAGCCCACCGUAUCGGCCAGCAGAACGAAGUACGUGUACUGCGGCUUUGUACCGUGAACAGCGUGGAGGAGAAGAUUCUAGCAGCGGCCAAGUAUAAACUGAAUGUGGAUCAGAAGGUCAUUCAGGCUGGCAUGUUUGAUCAGAAGUCCUCCAGCCAUGAGCGCAGAGCCUUCCUGCAAGCUGUUCUGGAGCACGAGGAACAGAAUGAGGAGGAAGAUGAAGUUCCAGAUGAUGAAACUCUCAAUCAAAUGAUUGCCCGUAAUGAGGAUGAAUUUGAGCUCUUCAUGCGCAUGGAUUUAGACCGUCGUCGAGAGGAUGCACGCAACCCAAAGCGCAAACCUCGGCUAAUGGAGGAGGAUGAGUUGCCAUCAUGGAUCCUGAAAGAUGAUGCAGAGGUGGAGCGACUCACCUGUGAGGAAGAAAAAGUCUUCGGACGAGGAUCCCGUCAUCGCAGAGAUGUUGACUACAGCGACGCAUUGACAGAGAAGCAGUGGCUGAGGGCCGUAGAAGAUGGCAACCUUGAGGAAAUUGAGGAGGAGAUACGCCUGAAGAAGCACAAGCGUCGCAGACAUGUGGACAAAGACAGCAGACGUAAGGACGUAGAGAAGGCCAAGAAAAGGAGAGGACGCCCUCCAGCAGAGAAGCUCUCCUCAAACCCACUCAAACUCACAAAACAGAUGAAUGCCAUCGUCGAUACUGUGAUCAAUUACAGAGACGUAUCAGACCGUCAGCUCAGCGAGGUCUUUGUGCAACUGCCCUCCAGGAAAGAGCUUCCUGAAUACUAUGAACUGAUAAGGAAGCCAGUGGACUUCAAGAAGAUUAAGGAGCGUGUGCGUAGCCACAAGUACAGAAGUGUGAGCGAUCUGGAGAAAGACAUCAUGCUUCUUUGUCACAACGCUCAGACUUACAAUCUGGAGGGCUCUCAGAUCUAUGAGGACUCCAUUGUUCUCCAGUCAGUGUACAAGAGUGCCAGACAAAAGAUUGCUAAGGAAGAAAGCGAAGAUGACAGCGACGAGGAUGACGAUGACGAGGAAGAAUCAGAGGCAGAGUCUAAGUCAGUGAGGGUGAAAAUUAGGCUGAGCAAACGGGAGGAGAGACUUCAGGACAAAGGCAAGAAAAGACGGAGCCGUGGAAAGGCUAAGCCCGUGGUCAGCGACGAUGACAGCGAGGAAGACCAGGAGGAAAACGAGCAGUCAGAGGGGAGCCACAGUGAUGAUGAGUGAGGAUUCGAGCUGAUUUUCAGCAUUCCUUUCACAUGUUUAUAUCCUUUUACCUUGCCGCUGUCAUACAGUUGAAUUAUUCUGUAAUUCACCUAAGGCUUGUUAUAAGAGUGAUUGUCUUUUGUGUCUUUUAUUUUAUUGUAUGGAUACACAUUUUGUCUUGUGUUGUUGUCACACAAUUUUGAAUGCAGUCAACUAAGAACGAAUCUACAGUGAGGAAACAUCUUUUUAAAAACCAGUGGCUGAAUUUUGCACCUUUAGAAUAUUACUUAGUUAUUCUUAUAUUUCAUUACACACAGUUGUGAAUUUUAGGAAUGACUUCUGUGUGCUUGUACUGUAUUUAAUUCAAAUGUAUGCAAUGAUUUAAAAAAGCAAGCAAAAUAUGUUUAAUUAAAAACAACAGAAAAGCUUUUAAAACCCUUAUUUUAAACCGAACACUGCAGAGACUUAAGGUUAAACCAGUCGUUUAUGAUUUAUUUGCAAAGCAUAUCUUCAAGUCUUCAAGUGUUACUUAAAGUGAAGUCCUCAUUACAUCGGCUUUAAUAAA